CCACUCUGCUGGGAGACGUGUCUCACAGGAAGCGCUGGAUCUCGGUGAAGGAAACAAACGCCAUUGUGGUUCUAACAGCGGAGCUGUUUUUCAUUCUUUUAUAAGGAUAAAAAAGAACCAAAAUGGCGUCAAAGAGCAACAGUUUCAUGGGCUAGUACAGCUUUAUCAGAGGUUUCCAAACUUGAACAGAGUAGUGAGGAGACAAAAAGUGUAAACCAGGACCCCCUUUUUUUGGUCAGAAUGGCGCGGGUGGUGUUUCUCCACCCGGACCUGGGCAUUGGCGGUGCUGAACGGUUGGUGGUUGAUGCUGCCGUUGCAUUGAAGUCUCGGGGUUGCAGUGUUCAGAUUUGGACUGCUCAUUAUGACCCCAAACAUUGCUUCUCUGAGACGUUAGACCCGGACCUGCCUGUGGUAUGUGUGGGUGACUGGUUACCCACCAGUGUGUUUGGUUACCUACAUGCCCUGUGUGCAUAUCUAAGGAUGAUCUAUGUGGCCCUCUACCUGGUUUUUCUCAGUGCAGUAGAGUAUGAUGUGAUCUUUUGUGAUCAGGUGUCGGCGUGCAUACCUGUACUCAAGCUAUCCCGUCAGAGGAAGAAGGUUUUGUUCUACUGUCAUUUUCCAGACCAGCUGUUGACCCAGAGGAAGUCGGCCUUGAAGAGGUUUUACAGAGCGCCCAUUGACUGGGUGGAGGAGCGUACCACUGGAAUGGCCGAUAUGAUUGUGGUAAACAGCCAGUUCACUGCAGGCAUCUUCAGAGAGACAUUUCAGAGUCUGAGCUCGGUCCAGAUAGACGUUCUCUAUCCCUCCCUCAAUACGCGUGCCUUUGACCAGUCCAGCACCGAGGCGCAGGGCCUGGGAGGGCUGCUCCCCGCGGGAACGUCCUGUCUGUUUCUGUCUCUAAACCGAUACGAACGGAAGAAGAAUUUGGGGCUGGCGCUGGAAGCUCUGGCGGUCCUGAGGUGCAACCUUCCCCCGGGCCAGAGAGCAGGCGUCCACCUGGUGGUCGCCGGGGGCUACGAUGACCGCGUCACCGAGAACAUUCAACACCACACCGAGCUGAAAGAGCUGGCGGAGCAGCUCCACUUGGAGGACUGUGUCACUUUCUUGCAGUCCCCCUCUGACGACCUGAAGGUGGCGCUGCUGCAGGGCAGCACCGCCGUGCUCUACACCCCCAGCAGAGAACAUUUCGGGAUCGUUCCUGUCGAGGCCAUGUACUGCUGCUGCCCCGUUAUUGCCGUCAACUCUGGGGGCCCUCUGGAGAGCGUGGCACACGGGGAGACGGGCUUCCUGUGCGAGCCCACGGCUGAGGCGUUCUCCCAGGCCAUGGAGAGGCUCAUCAGGGAGCCGCACCUCCGCAGGGACAUGGGCCAGGCGGGGAGGAGGAGGGUAAAAGAUAAGUUCUCUCUGGAGGCCUUUGCAGACCAGCUCCAUCAGUACAUUGUUAGGCUCAGCCAGUAACAGCAGGGCAGAUGGAACCUGACUGAAUGAUCUGGGUCUCCAAAGAGCUGAGGAGUGUCAGAUGAUGGAUAUGUGGAGGGAUGCGGGGAGGUGCUGUCGGUGGUACUAGAACUUAAAGGACAAUUAAUCAGCAUUCCCCUGGAGAGGUUGCUGCAGGAGAAGAAAGAGCUUGGAAUUUUCUGUACCAAUUAAGAAAUGAGAAAUGAGUUUUCCUAUCAUCUCUGGAAAAAUGCCACCUUCACACGCGUGUGUGUUGGUGUGUAAUUCUGCAAGUGUAUCAAUCCCCGGCUAAAUGAGUCUGGCGGAAGGAUUGAUCGUGAAAUGUUUUGCACUGUUUGUGUGUUUACUUUUCUUUUUUUUGCAGUUCUCCUUUUGUUCUGUGUGUUUUUUGGAGAUGAAGAACAAGAAUGUAGUCAUCAGUGGCGGCAGCGCACAGCCGCGGAUCGAUACACAGGAUGCUUUCCGCUGCUUCCUGUCUGCUCGGAGCUUUGUUCACUGUCUCGCAUUCAGAAGACGCUGGCCUGCUCGUGACUCCUGCAGCUGUGUGGAGGUUAUUAGCAGAUGAUACGCAGUGUAUGGCUUUAUUAGGGGUCUGGCAGACAGGCAGCCUGCUUCUGUCUGGGUCAUUAUCAAUGAGGAGAAUAGCAGAAGGUCAUUGUGUCUGCGCACUGGUCCUGUCAGCCUUCCUACUGUAUAGAAAUGCUCUUAUUGACAUUCCUGAAGUCUUAAUAAACGAGACGAUGCAUAGUU